AUGACAACGUCGCAUAGGCCUCAGCUAGAAGCCAGGAGUGGUACUAAGAGCGGGGUGGCGGGAGAAUAUGUACCGACAGGCGUUAAACAUGCGCGACUGCUGCCUGGGCACCGGACGGUCAAGCGGCGACGGGAAGGCGGGGCCACGGCGGAGGACGAGGAGCGCGAAAGGGCCGGCGCUGAGACGAGGACUGUGGACUGUAAUGAGGGGACGGACGAACUGGCGGGUGAGGGGCGCAGCGCGGGCUCCGGGGACGGCGAUGAGGCGAGUUCCGCGGAGGACAGCAGCGACGCGGACGACGAAGACGACGUAGACAACCCCGAGGAGCUGCGGCGGGAGCUGGAGGCGCUGCGGGCGAGCAAGACGGGCGCGAAGACGGGCGCGAAGACGGGCGCGAAGACGGGCGAGAAGGGCGCGGGUGGCGGCGGGUGGCGCGCGGGAGCGGUGUUCGGACGGCAGAAGCGGCGGCGGGAGCAGGCGGAGGGCCGGGCGUACAGGAACGACGUGACACAGAGCGAGUACCACCAGGACUUCCUGCGGCGACUGACAAAGUAG